AAGUUUUUUCGUUUUCAAUUCUACUCUGUUAUGAAUAAGUGAUUGAACUGCUUUGUUUUAUACGAAAUGGAUUUUGAACAAGAUGAUAGUUCAUUUACGACUCGUGAGUUAACAUAUCCGAUUGGAUGUUCUGCUGUUAAACAGUCCGAUAUUGUGAUUAUUGAUGGUCGACCAUGUAAAGUCAUGGAAAUAAGUACCGAAACUGGGGAAGACGGAGAGGAAAAGAUUCAUAUUAAAGGAGAGGAUAUUUUCAAUGGCGAUAAUCAUGAUGAUUUCUGCUCUCUAACUGAAAUGAUUACUAUUGCUGUAGUUUCAGACAAAGAGUACGAACUAGUUAGCAUUGAAGAAGGUUAUUGUGUGUUAAUGGAUGACAAGGGAGAAACUCGAGUGGAUAUACGAUUGCCUGCGGGUGAACUUGGUACCAAUUUGCAAAAGUUUUUGGACGAACUUAAAACAAUUUCAGUUACUGUUUUAUCCGCUUUGGGCGAAGAAGAAAUCGUUCGUUGUAAAACAUACAGUUGAAACUUAUAAUCAAAAUGAUAUGAUUAAUUUUCGUCAAUGGACAGUUCGAAGUGCACUGAGUUUCCAUUACAUGAAGUAUUAAUAUGUUUUAAAUGAAUUCUAUUGAUAAAUAAUCGGGUUUUAAAGCUCAUUGCGAGAAUUACAAAUAAACAACAUUCAUUAUUUACCCAA